GAGCGCGCAUGGAUAGCGCGGGGGCGCGCCCAACAGUGCAGAUGUGUCGCAGAUUUGAAAAGUCAUUCUGCACACUGAAAGAUCCGGUAAAGGGAGAUGAAACUGUCUGAGUAGGAUCAAAACUGAAUGUAAAACAGGUGUCGGGCAAUAGGGGGUGAGUUGACGGGCUGUAAAGAAUCGGCAAACGAUUUUUUUUCAAGCUGAUCACUAUUAUUGUGGGGAGAAUCAGCAGCAAGCAAAGAUAAACUAUUUCCCCGGAAUAAAACGGAUUGUGAACUUGGGAUGGAGCUGUCUGCAAUUGGGGAGCAAGUGUUUGCUGUGGAGUGCGUCAUCAAAAAAAGAAUAAGGAAGGGUAAUGUGGAGUAUUUACUGAAGUGGAAAGGAUGGCCCCCUAAAUACAGUACAUGGGAGCCGGCAGAACACAUUCUGGACCCACGACUUGUUCUUGCAUAUGAGGAGAAGGAGCAGAGGCAGAGGGCACUGGGGCAUCGCAAAAGAGGACCAAAACCCAAGAAUCUUCUUCUCCAGGAUGUCUACGCCAUGGAUCUGCGCAGUGCUCACAAGCCCCAGGCACAACCACCGCCAGACCGCCUGCGACUCUCCCUCAUGCGGGGCUUGGAACCCCAGUCGUCCCUUCUCACCACAGACCAGCGCUACCAGUCGACUGGAGCAGGGACGGGGAGGCUGUUUGACCAACUAGCCCAGCAAAGCAAGUGCAAACCAGGGAUGGCUGCGCAGUACAUGGUGCCAUGCAUUCCCAGUCCUCCACAGACCCCCACACCCUCCCAGGGUCCUUCGGAAGAGGAGUGGGAGGAGAGGAAUGAUGAUGGUGAUGAAGAUGAGGAGGAGGAGGAGGAGGGUCAUGAUGGCGGUGGUCGAGGAGGUGACGAAGAUGAUGAGGAGACAGGCCAUGGCGAGGCCACAGGACACGUGGAGACGCUUUGUACUGGGCCUGGAAGGUCAGGGUGCUGGUCCCUCAACACACAGCAUCCAAAGGCAGACGUCCCCAACGCAGCGAUGGCCAUCAUCCAGACAUCGUCAGAGGAGGAGGGCGGCAGCUGCUGGAGGUUGCUGGGCAACGCAGAGGACAUCACUGUCACCGAUGUCACCAUCAACUCCUCCACGGUGACCUUCAGAGAGGCCCUCAGUGCCAAGGGCUUCUUCCAGCACUGGGACUUGGAAAUCUGAGAAUGUGUGUGUGUGCGUGUGUGUGAAGAGAAGAAGGCAAAAACAGGUGUGUGUGUGUGUGUGUGUGUGUGUGUGUGUGUGUGUGUGUGUGUGUGUGUGUGUGUGUGUGUGUGUGUAAUGUGCUGCCCUCAUUCUUCUUUGGGAGCUGGGACUUGGAAAUUUGAGUCUGGGACUUGGAGGCAAAUUGAGACUUGAGACACGGAAAGUGGAAAGGUGUGACUGUGUGUGUGUGUUUGGAAAGGUACAAUUGAAUGAUAUCAACACACUCACUUUUGAUUGUUUCUUUUGCAUUACACACCUUCCUUUUCUUCCUCGUGGAGAUAUUUUUGCACAGCUGGCUUGGCACCCACCUAAAAACACAGAUAUACACACUGCACAGUACAGUACACAUAGGUUACAGUAUUACCGCAGAUGUGCCUAGCAAAUACAUGAUUAUUCAGCAAACCCAAUGUCCUCAUUCCGUUCAUUGAGUGAAGUUGGGCCCAUGUACACGAUAUGAUGUAGGGUCUUAGCAGAUAUGUGUACUACAACAAAUGGAGCUUUUUUUAGUUUUCUGGGAUGUCAAACUCAGACCCGGGGGACAAAUCUGGCGCGCUGGGUCAUUUAUUUGGCUCGCGAGAGCAUUUCAAAUGUGUAUUACAGACGGCCCAUAUGUGGUAUAUCUCUCUAGGUCGUCCUCAGAUGAGCCUUCCAUCGUUGCUUCCAGUCAUCCCGAUUCUCCAUACAUCUUUUCAGUUCGCUGGUACUAUGGUCUCCUGCGUCCUUCUUAAGUAUGUCCACAUAUGUAACUGUGGGACGUCCUCUUAACCGGCGCCCUUGUGAUGGUCUCCACCGCACCAGUUUGCUGGCUGGCAGUUCUGGGUGCCUUUGGCAGUGUCCUGCAAUGUGUUAUAUUCAUUCCCUCCACUAGGUGGAGCCUAGUACUACUACAAAAGGGAUUCCCAAAUUUAACCAUGAGAAGGCCCCCCAUAAACCAGUAGAUUCCAGCCAUGGCCUCCCUUACAUGGGUCGUGCCACACUAUUUUUUCUCUGAACCCCCUUUCACAACCAUAGUCUAUAGCUGUGUCUCAGAUGAUGCACUUGUGCACUAAUUAAUAUGCCAUGCACACUGAAACAUGAACACUGAAGUGCAUAAGUGCACCAUUUGAGAUCCAGCAUUUGUCUGUGUGUCAGUGUGCCACUGGAAUUUAUAAAAUAACUGAAAUAGUAGUAGGCCUAAUGUCCAGAGUUGUAAUACAUUAUUAUAAUACGGAUUUGAGGUAUUGGGAAAAAUGUUGAGAUUAUUUUUGCUUAUUUUGGGGUGCUUUAAUUAUUUAUUUUGUUUUGCUAGUUUCUUGCAACUUGCCGCUGCCCCCUAGCAUCCCCUCACGGCCCCCCAGGGGUCACCCGGCCCCCACUUCUAAAACUACUGUACUACAACGUUCAUGGUGAACAGUAUGACAAGCUGAGUAGAAGUACAAUUACAGAAGAUGUACACAUUUGUGUAUGC